CCAGGUUCGAAUCCCGUUUGGCAUUCCUUCUAAUUGGAUCUGUAUCUCCCAGAUGUGGUUGUUAAUAUUGUCUUCAUUGGUGCUGGUUGAUGGGUUAUACGCUUGUGGCAAUUUGAAUUGUUCAGCUUUUUGUACAGAAAACUACAUAAACAUUGAUACGAGUAAAACUUGUUCAGCUAAAUGCAGUGGACCAGCUUUGUGCGAGGGAAAAUGUACCUCGAAAGAUGACGACAUACGUCCAUGUGAAAUAGAGUGCGUUGGAGCAAAAUGCGCAGCUACGUGUACUGGAGCGAGGUGUAAGGCGAUGUGUUCCGGAAACCAUUGCACAGCGGAGUGCAAAGGAGAAGGGUGUUCAUCUAUCUGCUAUACUUCCUCCUGCACAGUCUUGUGCGAGGGAGCAGACUGUACGUCCACGGCCGAUAUAAAAAUAAUAGACAUCACGUCAAGUAUAGAUACUAAUGUCAAGUGCACUGGAGAUAACUGCACAUCAACGUGUAACGGGGAAAAGUGCAUUGUAUCGUGUUUUGGGAAAGCAUGUGAUGCUUAUUGCUUUGACAAAGAUAACAAGGAUAGAUCGGAAGGCUGCGUAGCAUUGCAGAUUUACAAUCACGACGUGGGUGCAGUAAAUAUUAACGUCUAA